AGGAGGUGACAUCACAGCGUCCUGAGACCAGGGGGAAACUGAAAGCAGCUCUCCGGCCACUUCCUGAUCCCCACUGCAGUCUCGCCGUCCCCAAGCUGCUCCUGAAUCAUGGCACCCACGGCGCUGGCCCUCAUCCUGGGUUGGUGGCUGGCGGCAGCGAGCGGAGCACAGCAUGUGCCCCGACCCUCCCUGUCGCUGCACCCCAGCCAUGGGGUUUCCCUGGGGGAUGCUGUCACCCUAAGGUGCCACCUGCCCCGGCCGGCUGCACGAGUUGAGCUCUACAAGGAAGAACGCUGGUUACUCGCAAAGCAGGAGGACGUGGACAUGGCACAGGAUGUGGCUGAGUUCACCUUGGAUGGUGUACAGAAGGAAGAUGCAGUGAAAUAUCAGUGCCAGUACCGGGUGUCAAAGCCACGUGGAACAUCGGAGCUGAGCGACCCCGUGGAGCUGGUGCUGACAGAUCCCAGUUAUCCCCCACCCGCCAUUUCCCUGAGCCCCAAGGAAGCUGUGGAGAUGGGGACCAAUGUCACCAUCCAGUGCUGCAACCAGGAAUACGAGGGCAUCAUCUUCCUGCACAAGGACGGGCUCUCAGCCCCUCUCCAACACCAGAAACCUGAUGGUGGGGGCACGGCCACCUUUACCCUCUUUGAGGUGACCCCAGCUGACUCGGGCACCUAUAGGUGCUCCUACCGCAUUGGGGGUUCCUACUUUCUUUCCUCACUCCUUGGGGAAAACGUGACGCUGGAGGUGGUGGCCGGGGAUGGGAAACCCAAACACCCACAUCCCACAGGUGACAACGGAUGGCCCCACGGGACCCUGGUGGCCUCCGUGGCUGGGAGCUGCGCUGCUGCCUUUGCCUUCAUCCUGGUCCUUGUCGCCUCUUUUCUCCUCGCUGCCCGCAGACAAUGGAUUCAAAGCCGUGGUGCCACCCCCAGAAGCUACGAGGCCUUGCAGUUCCAGGUGCCCCCCGCUGACAGCCAGGCUCUGACCUACGCCGAGCUGCAAACUCUGACCCCCAGCACCCCCCCGCCCUGCUCUUUUACCACCCCUGAGCCCCCCACCAUCUACGCUGAGGUGGGCACCGGGGGACCCCGCUGAAGCCCCCAUCUGUGGACACGAAGACGUGGACGCUGCGUGCGCGCAUCAAUUGCUCACCAUCACCUGUGAUUUGCACCCGUGUGCCUGCACACGUGAACACGUGGCUGUGGAUUAAACAUGUGUGCAGCAUCCCGUGUGCACCAUGGGGAUGCAAGCACACGCGUGGGACACGCUGGAUUCCGUGCCUCUGCGUGUGUCUGCGCCACGCCGUGCGUGUGCACCAACACGUUGCUGCUCACGUGUGUCCUUAGCGUGUGCUCCAUGUGUCUGCACUCCAUGUAUGCCUCCACAGCACACGCGUGUCAUCAAAGCUUGCCCUGGGUCUGCACCAUGGCGGUCCCCACGGCACACGCGUGUCCUUAGCGUGUGCUCCCCACACCUCCACGACCCGAACCAGCCCCCGUCCCACCACGGUUUUGGGGCAGGAUUUGUAGGGAGGAGGGAAAAUGCAUUUGGGGGAUCGUUUGGAAGAGGACCAAGAGGGGUUGUGUGGUUUGCCCAGCAAAUGGGGGGAAAGGGGAAGUUUGUGUGUGGGAGCAGCGGUGAAAGGAAGGGCAGGAGAGCUGAUUUCCCCCUUUUGGUAGCGAAAGGGGAAAUGCUGGACUGUGUGUGAGCUUGAUGGAGAGCUAAAAAUCUGGAUGGAGGCAUUCGGGACUCAAAUAUGGAGAUUUGGGUUUGGGUUUGGGGAGAGAACAAGGAGAUUUGGGGUCUGCGUGGAGAUUUGGGAGGUGAAUGGAGAUUUUGUGUCCGGAAGGAGAUUUUGGGGUCUGGAUGGAUAUUAGGGGAUGCGUGAAGGAUUUGGGGGCUGGAUGGAGGUUGUGGAGCUGGAUAUAAAAACUUGGAGCGUAUGGAGAUUUCUGGGUAGCUGGAAAUUUGUGAGGUGGGUAGAGAUGAUGGGGAGCGGAUGGAAAUGUGGAGGGUGGAUGGGAAUUUUGGGGCUGGAAGUAGAGAUUGGGGCUGGGUGGGGAUUUUGGAGCUGGACGGUGUUUAGGAACUGGAUGGAGAGUUGUUGAGAGUGACUGAAGAUUUGGAGGCUGAGUGGGGGGUGUGAGUGGAGGGGAAGAGUUUGGUGCUGUAUGGCGAUUUUGGGGGGGUGAAUGGAAGCUUUUUGGAGGCUGGGUGGAGAUUUUAGGGCUGGAUGGGAAG